GAGGUCGGUUCGACCAGUCGGACUCUGAGCUGCACAGAAACCAGAGCGACACGAUGAUCGGACUUUAACGAAGAGCUGAAUCUCUUGACCCUCAGUGAGAAGAAGCAGAGUUUCCUCUGACGGCUCAGAUUCAGGAUGGACACUAACACCUUCUCGGCCAAGCUGCAGUCCAGGAUGCAGAUGGCAAAGCAGAUCAGUGAAGAGGAGAAGCUCUACAGAUACAGAGGCGUCCUGUACCCGAGCAUCAUGUGCCCUGAGGACCACCUGACGGCUCUGGAGAACAUCGAGGCCCGAGAGGACGACAUCAUGCUGGUGGCCUAUCCCAAAUGUGGCUUCAACUGGAUGGUGGGGGUGGUGAAGAAGAUCAUCGCAGAGGCCACAGGGAUGAAAACGGAAUCCAGGAUGCCGCCGCUGAUCGAGUUCCUCGGACCGGACGUCUUGAAGCUCAUGGACCAGUCUCCUUCUCCGAGGUGUCUGGGGACUCACAUGCACCCCGACAACAUCCCCACCUCCUUCUACACCAAGAAGACAAAGAUGCUGGUGAUCUUCAGGAAUCCUAAAGACACUCUGGUUUCUUUCUAUCACUUCACCAACAACAACCCGGUCCUCCCGUCCGGACAGUCCUGGGAAUCUUUCUUCUCCCACUUCCUGAGCGGAGACGUUCCUUGGGGAUCGUACUUUGAUCACGCUUUGGCCUGGGAGAAGAGGAUGAAUGACCCUAACGUCAUGAUCGUCACCUAUGAGGAAUUAAAGCAGGACCUGAGCGAGGCCGUCCGUCAGAUCUCCAGCUUCUUCGGUUUCCCCCUGACGGAGGCUCAGGUGACGCAGAUCACAGAGAAGAGCUCCUUCACCUCCAUGAAGGAGAGCUCGGCCAACUCCCACGGCCCCAUGGGAAACGUCAUCUUCAGAAAAGGUGAAGUUGGGGACUGGAGGAACCAUUUCACACCUGAGCAGAGUCGAGAGAUGGACGAGGCCUUCGACAAACACCUGGCAGGGACCCGGCUGGGAGAGAAACUUCAAUACCAACAACACUGUCAGUAGGAAGCAAGGAAGCAGGAAAGGAAGGAGGGAGGGUCUGACACUCGUCCCCUCAGUCAGGCAUUAGACGGAUCCUUCGCCAACUCGUUUGGACUGAAACACUAACACCACGUCAACAUUUAACCAUUCUCACCUCAGUCUGUAGGGGGCGUUAUCACAGACAGGAAACACAGCCUGACAGUCUCAGUUCAGGGCCAAAUGUCCCACUGUGACUGGUUCAAGGCAACAUGGAUGAAGAAGAAGAAGAAGAAGAAGUGGAUCAAGGUUUAUUCUCAGUUUUAAAGUCUGUGAAGCUUUGUUGUGCAGCAUUGAAGAAAGAGUGUCUCAGGUGAAACACAGGAAAACAGAAAGUUAUCGAUUUUAAACUUUGUCUCUGAUGAAACAAACAAGAUACGACAUGUUGAUAAAUCAAAGUUUCUCUCAGAGGAUUUUUCUUCUCAUCAAACAGAAGAUAUUCAUAUUUCUUUAAACUGUUUCCUCUCUCGUGCAGCUGCACGUCACCGACGUCUGGAUUAAGUCAAACAUCAGUGAAUGAACAUGGGCGACCUGACAGAUACCAAAAGUGAAGCUUUGCAUUAUUUUUCAUGAACCCUACCUCCUCCUUGUUAGUAGAUGAGACAAGGACCAAACUAAAACACCUCUCUGAAGUUUAGUUCCUUUAUCCUCUCAGUAAUUUCACCUGAACAUUUAACGUUUAUGAAAACUGAGUAAAACUUUCUCAAAGUUUCAAAGAUCAUUUUAACUCCUGUGUAUUAAAGCCCUAGAUUUAAACUGUAGUGCCCCCAUGUGAUCGUAUCGACAAGUACAUGGUGACAACUGCAGCUGAAUGUUUACAUCCUGGUUCUUUUUAUUCACUGAUGUUUGACACCUGAUUAAAACAACACUUCAGUUUUAUUUCUUUCUUCAGCUACGUGAACUCAUGAAUGAAUCCUGGACAUAACUUUAAACUGUGGCAAUGAAGCAAAACUGUGAUCAGAUUAUCUCAAAUAUACAGUGUACAUCAUACUUUAUAUUACACAUAGUACUGUACAUCACUGAGCAGCAUGAUGCUGAGACCAAUUCUACUUGAUUCUGUAAGUUCUCAGAGGUUAACACGGUUCCUGUCUUUAUUCAUUCAUACUAAGUUUUACUAUAUAUUAAUAAAGAUGCAAUGGAUGUUUCGCUUCA